AUGACUGAUACAGAUAUGACUGGUGCAGAUAUGACUUGUGCAGAUAUGACUGGUGCAGAUAUGACUGGUGCAGAUAUGACUGGUGCAGAUAUGACUUGUGCAGAUAUGACUGGUGCAGAUAUGACUUGUGCAGAUAUGACUUGUGCAGAUAUGACUGGUGUAGAUGUGAUUGGUGCAGAUAUGACUGGUGCAGAUAUGACUUGUGCAGAUAUGACUGGUGCAGAUAUGACUUGUGCAGAUAUGACUUGUGCAGAUAUGACUGGUGCAGAUAUGACUGGUGCAGAUAUAAUUGGUGCAGAUAUGACUGGUGCAGAUAUGAUUGGUGCAGAUAUGAUUGGUGCAGAUAUGACUGGUGCAGAUAUGACUGAUACAGAUAUGAUUGGUGCAGAUAUGACUGGUGCAGAUAUGACUGGUGCAGAUAUGAUUGGUGCAGAUAUGAUUGGUGCAGAUAUGACUGGUGCAGAUAUAAUUGGUGCAGAUAUGACUGGUGCAGAUAUGACUGGUGCAGAUAUGACUGGCGCAGAUAUGAUUGGCGCAGAUAUGACUGGUGCAGAUAUGACUGGUGCAGAUAUGACUUGUGCAGAUAUGACUUGUGCAGAUAUGACUGGUGCAGAUAUGAUUGGUGCAGAUAUGACUGGUGCAGAUAUGACUGGUGUAGAUAUGAUUGGUGCAGAUAUAACUGGCGCAGAUAUGUAG